UUUAUGUCAGUCUCUUUCCUCCUUAUUUUCCACAUUUCUUCCUUUCGGAACGUUUCGAAUUCGGCCCAGUCCUCAGCUGAGUUAUCAACCCGAUAUUUCUCACACGCCCCCUUUUACCUGCUUUCUUUUUAUUGCUAUUCUAUAAUUUGUCGUUCUCUUCCUUUUACCCAACGCCUCUGGAAGCGCCUUAUUAUGUUGUUUCAUCUUAAAAAGCAACUUUGUAACAAGCAGAAAAAGGGCUGCGUAUCCAAUAACAACCGCGGCGCUCCUUAUCUAUUCGCACUUGAACCUUUGCAAAUAUUGAAGUGGGAUCUUUCAGGUCAGUCGCUGGUCCCGCGGAUUUCUGGCGCGGCACUGGUUUCACAUUCACCCUGAGCGACGCCACUCUCCUCCUUCGAAGGAGCAACGGGGAUUUUCCGCGCCAAUCCGAAAUUGUAAAAAGGGUGGAAGAAAAAAAAGAGCCCAUGGAGAACGACCUGGAAGGAAACGUCUACGAAACCCCCGACACGGAUCUGGAGCUGACUUACAACCAUUCCCUGCAGGGGGAUGAAGAGGUGCAGUACGAAGAGGUGGCCCGCUCCCCCUCGUCCUAUUCGGCUGCCUCCAGCCCGGAAAGCAUGGGGGAGCUCAGCGAUCAGCAGCCCUUCGGCGGCAGUGAGUCUCCCGACUGCAGCGUUUACCAAGAGGUCUUCGACACACCGGAGGAGCUGGAAGAGGUGCAGAGCGACGGCCAGAGCUCCGAGACUUACGGCAGACACCUGAACGGCAGCCCGAGCCAAAGCAGUGACCAUGGCCAGCCUUUCGAGAUUUCUCUGUACGUUAAGGCUGGCAUUGAUGGAGAGAGAAUCGGAAAUUGCCCCUUUUCUCAGCGUCUCUUCAUGAUUUUGUGGCUGAAAGGUGUUGUGUUCAAUGUCACAACAGUUGACUUAAAGAGAAAACCAGCUGACCUGCAUAAUUUAGCUCCUGGUACUCACCCUCCAUUCCUGACCUUUAACGGAGAUGUCAAGACAGAUGUCAACAAAAUUGAAGAAUUCUUGGAGGAAAUGCUGUGCCCACCAAUGUACCCCAAGCUUGCAGCAAAGCACCAUGAAUCGAAUACUGCUGGAAUUGACAUAUUUGCAAAAUUUUCAGCAUAUAUUAAAAACACAAGGAUAAAUGCUAAUGAAGGACUGGCAAGAAGUCUGAUCAAAGCUCUGAAGGAACUGGAUGGAUACCUGAACACUCCAUUGCCUGAAGAGAUUGAUGCUGACUGUGUGGAUGAUGUCAACGUGUCCCACCGCAAAUUUCUUGAUGGCGAUGAGCUGACGUUGGCUGAUUGCAACCUUUUGCCCAAGCUUCACAUUGUAAAGGUUGUAGCAAUGAAGUAUCGAAACUUUGAGAUCCCAGCAGAAAUGACAGGAGUCUGGCGAUACCUGAGUAAUGCCUAUGCACGAGAUGAGUUCACCAAUACGUGUGCGGUAGACAGUGAAAUUGAAUCUGCUUAUGCAGAUGUGGCGAGAAGGCUUUCACGAUCUUAGAUCGGUAACACGGUGAUUAAGUAUCAAUGCUAACGAUACAAAAUGGUCUCACAUCGCAAGACUGCGUUUGAUUGCCUUGGUUAUUAAACCUAAUCCCGUUCACAGACACCAUAAUAUUUCAGCUGCCUGUUUUAGUUUUAAGUAACAUGACAAAUUUAUAAUCGAGCACUGAUCAUAAGUUAAGUGUGAUGUUCUGCCACCCGCCACACCCGCCCUCCCAAAUUAACGAAUGUUCAUUGUUCAUUUUUGAUAGAAGCUGUUUGAAGUUUAUUGCCUUAUCUUAAAACCGCAGCUAGUCUUUACGUUUACGUUUCAAGGACUCAAAUGACGCAUUUUGAGAUACAAGAAGUGCUGCAAAUUAUAAAAAUAUCCACAGCCACGACGAUUCCAUUCAUUUUUCCAAAGCUUGAGUUGACUGUUGAAUUUGGAGCUCAAAUUGAAACUUUACGAUAAUGAAUUAAGUUUAGGCUGAUAAGCAGCUAAAUUAGGACUGGCUACCCGAGUUAACUCACACCUCAAAAGCUUUAAUCUUGGGCAAGCAGAAAUAAAAUUUUAGUGAUAACAAAUUGGAUCCUUUUAUAAAUUUCUUUAACAUGAUCAAUCAGAAUGUUUGUUUUAUUUCUGGUACUUUAAUUGUAUUUGAGAGCCAGGUCAGUCUUAAAUGAAUCAGUUAUGACAGCUUCUUCUAAGGCAUACAAGCCAAACUAUUCAGUUAUGCUUUUGAAUGAUGUUCCUGUUUUGUUUCAAGGCAUUUUAAUGUUUUAUUUCAUCUCUGCAUUGUUGGAGGAAUUAUUGAGGGGGUGUUUUCUUGUAUAAAGGCUUCCUGUUUGUUUUUACUUUUCAAUCUCAUUUCUGAGUUUGGACCACUUGGAUUAAAUUAACUCUGAGGCCUAAUAUUGCUUUGAAAUGUAAAAUAAAUAACAUGAAAAUAAAUCUCUCUUAUAGCUCUUCUAGUAUUUUCAGGAAAGUCCCAAAGCCCUUUAACACAAGACCUAAGAAGAAGAUGUGGGAUUAACAAAGGAAUAGCCUGAUAUAUGCCAGAAAGCAAUUGAGAUUUUUAUUUUAUAAGGCUGAUAAAUAUAAAUUGAAUAUUUUGCAGAUUAGUCCAACAAUUGGAAAUCAAACAAUUUUUGUAACUUAUAGUUUCUAAGAGUGUGUAUACUGGUAGUGCAUUUGUUGUUGUGUUAAAAGAAUUUUAUUUGUCCGCUAUUUUACUGGAAGAACAGGAAAUAAGAUGGCUAUAGCCCACAACAGACAUGAAAUUAAAUCUUGUUUCUAUAGACUAACUGGGUGCUAUUGUGAAUCCUUUUAGAACUGAAGGAGAUUCAUAGAAAACAAACCACCAGAUACCUGUACACAAAUUUCAAGUGUGGGGAGGUAGUCUCAUCUCCAUUUUUCAGAAUAAAGAUGACUUAUCAGAAAUGAUUUUGAAACGUGGGAAUUUAUUAGUUAAAGACAAAAACAAAAUUGUUAUCUUCUUUUUGUUAAUUGAAAAUCAGUGUUUGUAUUAAUGGCAAAGACUAGUGAUGCUUAAUUGUAUAACAUCGGCAAAAUAGCACAUAACUAAUUAAAUUGCGUCCUCUGGUUUAACAGUGAUUUGCUGUAGCUGAACAUCCAACAGUGUGUGGCAUUUGUUUGAUUUGCCCCAACUCAUUUAAGUUUUUUUAGUUUUUUGCAUUACAAUUUUUUGAAAGUUAGAGCUGAUUACAGUGCAGUGAGGGAAACUGAGCAUCUGUGACCUGACUGAACAAAAUAUGCAACUGUACAUCUCCUUAACCAAUGAUAUUGAAGCAUUAUGAAAUUAACAGCUCAAAGACUAACAGGGAACUGCAAGUGAGAAUAGGUGAAAUCAGUGUAAAAUCAGGCACAGAAAGAGUAAUAAUGAGGGAAAGAAUGAAUGGAUAGAGUGAGUAAAAUGUAGAUUUUAUUUUAGAGAAGACAGACAUCCCAUAAAAAUCACAUAAUGGUUCCUGAAUGAUAUUUGUAAUAAUUUAUGAUAGACAGCUUAAGGAUCACAUUCUGGCCUAUUACAUGAUUGCUUUAGCAGACAAGGUUAAAGCAAACUACUGGUUUAAUUGAUCAACUAGACGUAAUCCAGCGCAUUAUCCAUUUUGUACCUUCUUGCAAAUUCUGCCAGAUUUCAGCCGAAAUGAUAAAACUAUGUAGAUGUAUGAAAAUCUUCAGUAAAAGACAAGGAGUUGCAUUCUAUUUUAAUGCAACUCACUGCAGAAAUUUGUAUUCCAUUUUACUUUGAAACAGUUUCUUGUUGCAUCCGGAGAGGCAUCUGAUCAUUGUGGGACCAUUUUACUCAAUUGGCUCAAUUAAAACUUUCAUCCAUUUUUCAAAUGUUCACAUAUUUGCAACACAGAUGAAUGGUUUGAUUUAGAAAGCUAUUGAGUUUGUUCUGUUUAAAAGAAGCUUUUGUUGCUGUUUCGCUUCACAUUAUGCAAAUAGUGUUGAUUCCAUUGAUUACGGAUCUCAAUUCAUUGAUCACUUAAUGUUAAGCCUCAUACAUGUGUCUGGAAAUAUCUAUCUUCAGCUGUUGGUGUCCUUACAGAUUUACACAAUUUAUUUCUGUAUACUGGUCAUUUUCAGACACUGAUGUUUUCCCCUUUUAUAGUAACCAGUAUUCUUCUGGGAAUAUGCUAAAGAAUCGUUAAUGAAGAAUGUGGGUAAGCCAGAAAAUAAUGUACCUCCAAUACCCUUGAACUACUAUUUGCCACUCCUUCCCUGCAUUUACCUCAAUCCAUCUUGCAGCCUCAUUAGAACUAAACUUCUCUGAGGGGUACAAUGCUACUACAUGGUAUACCCAAUUCAAGGGAACAAGACAGCAUUGAAGAAGUUAGGUGAGCUUGGAAGACUGCACUAUUGAUUUGCUUGAAGGCCAAGACUUUGCUUUUCUUAGUCCUGGCUCAUGAGAGAAACUGUGGUAAAUUAUCUGAUGUAACUACAAAGUGAUCCUAUGCCUAGCAAAUAUUUCCUGCUGGGCUCUGACAAGUGCAUGUGUGGUGGUAGUACAUAACUUUUUCACCUCUUUGAAUCAUGAACAAUAGUUGUCAGCAAUACAGUAAGAUUGUCCAUCAAACAUAAAUAGGUCUGUACCCACAGUCUGGUGGGGAAAGUGAUGAGUAUCAGUGGCUGUCGCUGUUCAAGCCUGUGAAUAGUCCAAGCUUCACAGUCAGCAACCAUGACUGGAAAGAAAUCAGUCUUCUUAACUUCCGGCUGUCCUGCCCCCUACAUGAGUGAACUGUUAACUGUGACGAUCUUAUAUUGUUUCUGAAAAAUGUUCUCCUUCUGCUGGUUAUGUAUUUAUAUACCGCACACUACUCCUUGUGCCAGGAGCUCUUUCUACCACUCCAUAAGCAGUUAAUAGGAAUAGAAAAGGCCAUUGAGUUCCAUUUAAUUAGCCACCCUGCCUAGGUAACAUUAUAUGCCGUAUUACAGCUCUUAGCAAUUUUCUUAAAUGUAUUACCACACUUCAUCUUCACUGCCACUGUUUGCAAAUUGGCCUGUAGAGGAGUGGCAGAUAUUAAGGUGUGUCACCUUCACAUUGUAAUGGUCCCUGGAUGGAACCUUGGCUGUAGUCUGUAUCGUGGCGGGCUCUGCUACAGCUACAGCAAAAACAUCUAAUAGUUCCCACCAGCAGAAGUAAUCUACACAUUGAGAAUUUCCCUGGCUUGUUGCACCCUUCACAUUUACUGAAGUAGGAGUCAUGUCUUGCAUUGUUGAAUGAUGACAUUUACCUGUCCAUUUUUACUCUUUCCUAGAGUAAUACAGCAUGGAAACAGGCUUUUUGGCCCAAACUGAUCCAUGCUGACCAUAGUGUCCACUCAGCUAGUUCCAAUUGCCCACA